CAGUAAAAACCCAAAAAUGACUUCUUACUUCCGCCAGGAGAAAACAAGAGGAAAUAAUCUAAAUAUUAGGGAAGAUGUAAAAUUUUUCCAUUUAUGCCUUUUUGGAAUGCAUUUAACACAGUUGCAUUACAAAAAUCAGCGGAGCCUAACCAAGAAUUUCGCGUAAUGUUACGUCAUGAUAACAUUUGUCAUAGAGUAUUUCUUAUUAAUUAAUGUAUCGCAUACGUUUCAUAUGACUGUAAAAUCAUUGUAUCUUUUACGAUAAUCACUGAGUUUCAUUUUUAAACGAACUUUUUACGUAAAAGAUUCGGCAACUGACUUAAGUUAAAGGAACUUUUUCCGUAGCAUCUGCGUGACGUGUUAUUAUGGUAUAGUUGGAGUUUGACUACAUUGAGCAUUACUGAGCGUUACUGGGCACUAGCAUCAGUAAACAUGAAAAUUUUCGGUUUCCCUCCGUAAUCGAUUUCCGUGUCGAAAUGAAGCGGGGAAAAAACUUCUUAACUCGAUUUGCAAUUUUAGUUAUGUUUCCUUGUUUCAUGUACCCAAGUUUACUUUAUAAGUCAAUAACAUCGUCUACAACGGACGAAAUCAGUUCAGAACACCGGGGCUCCGCUCGGGUGAUCCGUUCGGUUGAAUUUGAUGAGACCGAAACAACUGGAAGAGUGCAAUUAGAAGCAACUUCGACAUCGCCACAAAAUUGCGUCAAACCCUCCAUAGACGACUUUCCAAACGAUUUUAUGACCCAGUAUCAGCGACAGAAGCAAGGUGGUGUUGUAAUUCAUUUUCUACUGGCCAUUUAUAUGUUUGGAGCGCUGGCCUCGGUGUGCGACGAUUAUUUCGUGCCCUCGCUGGAACAGAUCACGAACAAGCUUCACAUGGACUCUGAUGUUGCUGGUGCGACUUUUAUGGCAGCUGGAAGCUCUGCCCCUGAACUGUUCACCUCGAUAAUCGGUGUUUUUAUUACCAAGAGCGACAUCGGCCUUGGAACGAUAGUCGGGUCUGCAGUUUUUAAUAUCUUAUUUAUUGUGGCCGUGUGUGGUUUGUUUGCCGGCACCGUCCUGCGAUUGACUCCUUGGCCUCUGCUACGUGAUUCAUUCUGUUAUCUGUUGAGUAUUGCCGCUCUUAUUGCGAUCUCAUACGACCAAAAUGUCUACUGGUAUGAAGCAAUAGUGCUGGUGAUUAUGUACCUGCUGUAUGUUAUUAUCAUGUACUUUGACAAAACCCUUGAAAAGUGUUUUGAGAGAUGGACGGGGAUGGUCAAAGUGACCACAGAUGUUGCGGGAAAGAAGAGACGCGGAGAUGAACAAAGAUCACUACUGAAAGAAGAGGACGAACAUGAGGAAACUGCUUCGGCCGCUGGAGAACAAGAAGAGGUCAUGAUCGUCAACGAGAAUGAUGAUUCUCCAUUUACAGUGCCUCCAGGCCUGUUUGCCCGCGUUCUUUGGAUCCUUGCGUUACCAGUCACAUGUUUGUUUUACGUGACGAUACCUGACUGUCGCAAGGAACGGUGGGAACAGUGGUAUCUGGUCUCAUUCUUUUUAUCGGUGAUGUGGAUUGCCAUACUCUCCUAUAUUUUAGUUUGGAUGGUGUCAAUCAUCGGCUUCACCCUGGGUAUACCAGAUGUCAUCAUGGGCCUGACAUUCCUGGCUGCAGGUAGCAGUGUACCAGAUGGUAUAUCGAGCCUGAUUGUUGCUCGCCAAGGAGAUGGUGACAUGGCUGUCUCUAACACAAUAGGUAGCAAUGUGUUUGACAUUUUACUCUGCCUUGGACUACCUUGGUUGCUGAAGACUACAGCAGUGGACCUUGGAGGCUAUGUUGUUGUGUUAAGUGGCAGUAUUAUUUACACGUCCAUUUCUCUCUUUGGAACUGUGUUUGUCACAAUCUUUUUAGUAGUGGCAAACAAAUGGUAUUUGAAUAAGUGCCUGGGAAUGGCUUUUUUGUUGCUAUAUAUAUUGUUCAUCACAGUUGCAACUCUUUUUGAGCUUAAUCUCUUUGGGAACUAUAACAUGCCAACCUGUAAGACAUAAGAAUUACAGAUAUUACAGCAUUUCUAUCACAAAAGUAUACAUAAUCCUUUUUCUGGAUUAAUUGUGAUGGAAAUAGAUUUUUAAAUCUAAAACUCUUUUUAAAAGUUUUAACAUGAAAAUCUAUUCAUUGAAGCAUUUCGUUGUCAAGUUAUUGAAAGAUCAGUAGAGAGACCAGAGAAAAAAGGAGAUUCCAAAUAUUUGUACUGUUUUUCAAAGUUGAAAAAACUCUUCCAAAAUAUUUCAAUUUUGAAAAUUUACCUCUGUGGAAUCCUGUAAAAAAAACAUACGUACCCGUUACAAAGAGAGAAUGAGAAAUUUACCUUUCCCCAUGACAUGUAAAUAUAACUUCAUUUUGUUUUUUCUGGCAUUAACUUUUUUACUUUCAAAACCUAAUUAUCAAGAUUUUUAGAUCACCUGGAAUGGAAUGAUGUAGGAUCCAGUGUGUAGAUAUUUCCUGGAAGUCCAUACACAACAAAACUCAAUAGUUGUUAUAGCCAUUCAGGUUCUGGAAGUAUGGUCAUCAUGAUAGUGUGGUUAGCAAAUGAGGAUGUUGAAUUAAGGAAACCACAGUACUUCUAUCUUAAUAACAUGUUUAAAUUUUUUUGAUUUGGAUUUCUUUUUGGAGUUUUCCCAAUAGGUAUGAUUAAUUGGAUGGUAAAGGGCCUUGAGGCCAACUGAGGAGAUUGUAAUUUUUUUAUUUUUACUCAAUUAGGAGAUUGAUUUUAGACAAUUAUUUUCUUUUUUUAAUUUGCAAUUUAGUAAAUUUCAAAGGGGAACAUGCGAUGUAAUGUUUCAUUCAAGGCUUUAUAUUUGGGCCCAAAACCUCCUUCCUUCCCUCCAAAAAAGAAAAAUAAAUAGAUAUAAACCUUGGAUUCAACAUUACACACAAAUGCUUACAGACCAUCAAAACUUAUAAUGUAUCCCCACUGUAAGAGUAUUGUCCAAACAAAUAUUUCAUAUUUAGAAUUGUUAUGAAAUAUGAACUUGUAGCGAUGAGAAAGACAGCAGCACCUUUUUAAAUGUAUAUGUUAUGAAGAGCUAUAUGUGGUCUUCAGGGAUAUAUAAUCAAAUGUUGAUAAAUCAAAUACAUACUUAUUAAAUCUUACCAAAUCAGUUGAGACAGAAUAAAUGUUAAAGUAUGCCAUCA